AUCUGCUCCAGUAGCAGAUGCUGCCUUUGCAGAUUCGCUGAUACUUCACCAUGUUCUACUCUUAAAAACUAUGGUUCCCUUUUCUUGGUAUUAGCAUUUUAGCAUGAUGAGGAGGAAAUGUAUUUCAUUAUGAAUUCUUGGUUAGUUCAUUCGAUUUCACUGAUUUGUCAGCGUAGCAGUUGGAUUAUCAUUCUACGUUAGAGCUUGUUAAUAUCCUUUGUGCAGCUUGCAUCCCUUUUGCUACUACACCAAAGCAGUGCGUUGACUUCCUCCCUGUAACAAUUAUGCAGUUUACAAGAAAGAUUAUUUCUUUCAGGAUUGAAGGAAUAUUGGCAGACUUAGGCCUCUAAACAUAUUCGUUGCUUUCACAUGUAUUGGUUAUCAGAGAAGUGGAAAACUGGAAAUCCAUGCCCACUUGCUACAAGAACACAGCUACCAGAAAAGUGGAAUCCAUACUCACAUGCUGCUCUAACAUCCCGCAGUCAAACAUAAGUUUGGUUGUGUUUACAAUGCAUUUCAACUGCCCAUUCAAAUUUAAUCCACAUGUAUGCACGCAUGUCAAAUGUUUCCAGUAUCCUAAAUUCACAAUACUAUGUAAUGCUUUGACACCACCUUCUUGGCUUCUUGCUUCACAGAAUAUGUGCUAUUGGGACAGAUUUACUUGGAGUUCAUGUUAUUUUCACAGCACAAGUGAUCAUUCUUCCAGAAAAGCAGGGCUAACAGCUAAGGAGCAGCUAGACCCCUUUGUGCUGAUUAAAGAUGAAGUCUCUGAAGUGACAGAUCGAUUGCGCUCAAUGGUGGUUGCUGAGGUGCCUGAACUGACAUCAGCAGCUGGAUACUUCUUCAGAGCUGGAGCUGAAGGGAAAAGAACUUGUCCUACUGUUCUACUGUUGAUGGCUUCAGCUAUAAGCAUGGGCAUAGCUGAUGGCUUAGAGAAUAAGCCUCGAGCAAGGCAUAUGCAUCUUGCUGAGAUAACUGAAAUGAUUCAUAUAUCGAGCCUUAUUCAUGAUGACGUUUUGGACGAUGCUGAUACUAGGCGUGGCAUGGACUCAUUGAACUUCAAAGUGGGGAAGAAAUUUGCAGUAUUGGCUGGCGAUUUCCUACUUUUCAGGGCAUUUUCUGCAGCUGUGUCUCUUGACAAUACUGAGGUUGUAUCAUUACUAGCAACUGCUGUAAAUAAUCUUGUUACUGGUGAGCUUAUGCAGAUGUCAAUAACUCCAGCACAGCGCUGCAGCAUGGACUAUUAUUUGCAGAAGACAUACUACAAGACAGCUGCAUUGAUUUCAAACAGCUGCAAAGCUAUUGCUGUCCUUGCUGAGCAAACAACAGAAGUACAAGCUCUUGCUUAUCAGUAUGGCAGACACUUGGGCAUAGCAUAUCAGUUGAUCGAUGACAUCCUCGAUUUCACAGGCACAUCAGCUUCACUAGGCAAAGCCUCCUUGUCUGAUAUCCAUCUGUAGAGAGAUAGAAUUGGGGGAAACACCACACACCCAAGGGCGCCGGCGAAGUCCAUGGUGGCGUCGCCGGCGAUGAUGUCGCAGGUGGUGCUGAAGCGGGGAUUGGCGCCGCGAAGGAGGUUGAGCACCAUGGUGGGGUCGUCAACAGGCUUGCCGACAUCACGGAGGCGAUCGGCCGCCUUCUUCAUCUCUUGGCCGUAGGCCUCGACGGACAGAUCGCCCUGAGACAGGGUCAUGAAGGCCUGACUCAGGAAGAUGGCGCGCGACGCCUUGUUCGCCUCGAAUCGGGCGGUGAUGGCAGCCCAAUGCUUGCGUGCCGUCGGGUCGGGAGUCAUGAUGAAGUCGUGGACGGCGUCGGAGACGGUGCUGUAGAUCCAGGAACGGACACAGCAGUCCUCCUGCAGCCAAGCCGGCGUGAGGGGGUUGGGAGGCGCCGUCCCGUCGAUGUGGGACAGCAGGCCGAAGGUGCCACACAGGGCGUCGAAGCAGGCCUUCCACUUGGAGAAGUUGUCCGCGCGGAGGUCGAGCUUCAUAGGGACGUAGGACUGCACAGAGAUCGUAGCGUAAGGAAGCGCCAUGGGGAGAACGAUCUGCGCAGUCGAGACGGCGUCGCCGAGGAGGGAAGAAAAUCCGCCGGAUGAAUCGGAGUCGCUGUCACCGGCGGAGGAGUCCACGUGGGUGACUGUGGACAUGCAAGGGUCCGGCGCGGCCGGAGGAGAGGCAGCGCAGGAUGGUGGUGCCGUGCCCUAGGUCAGGCGGCGGCGUGCCCUAGGUCAGGCGGCGGCGCGCCCUAGGGCAGGCGGCGGCGGGUGGUGGGUGGAGAGGCAGCGGAAGGGAAGGAACAGAAUCAGAGAUACCCCGGACUCGUGAUACCAUGUAGAGAGAUAGAAUUGGGGGAAACACCACACACCCAAUGGGGGGGGUGACCUCUUAUAUAUAUAGCCAAUGUGGCUUGGAGUACAAGAAACAUCCUAUACAAGGAAUACUAUAAUUAGCCUAGCUAUAUACGGCUGUACUAGACAUAUAUGUCUAACACCAUCAAGUAAUACAGUUAUUCACUCAAUAUUUCCUCAGUAGUAUUUUACUUUUUAAGAUAUCAAUGACAUGUAAGGAAUCAAAUAUGCCCUGUAUGGACAGGGAAUUGUGACAGCUCCCAUACUUUUUGCGAUGGAAGAAUUCCCUGAAGUGCA